AUGAACGAAUAUGAACAAAUGGGUCACAUGGAGCUAGUGGCAAAUCCCAAUUUAUCGGCCCCUCACUACUACAUUCCUCACCACUGUGUGAUAAAGCCAGCCAGUAAAUCUACAAAGCUUCCAGUUGUAUUCGAUGCGUCCUGCAAAACGUCAAGUCAAGUCUCCUUGAAUGACAUCUUACUUUGCGGUCCCACGAUUCAAGAUGAUCUCUUCAUGCUACUGCUACGUUUUGGACUUUCAAGAUAUGCCCUGACAGCCGACAUAGCGAAGAUGUACAGGCAAGUAAAUGUUGAUAUUAGUGACCGCAAAUUUCAGUACAUUCUCUGGCGAGAUUUUCCAGGCGAUCAACUACGCACAUAUCAGCUUAAUACGAUCACUUACGGAACGGCUUCCGCACCAUAUCUCGCUGUACGUAGCCUACACCAUUUAGCGGAUCUUCAUGGCGCUGAAUUUCCCAUUGGUGCUGCCGUUAUAAGGACUUCAUUCUAUAUCGACGGUUUAAUAACUGGUGCAGACGAAAUAUCGACUCUGUCAGUCAUAAAGGAUCAAGUUACCAAAUUACUAGAACGCGGUCAGUUUCCGCUUACCAAAUGGCACUCAAAUCACAUGGAAUUCGUCGAGAGUCGUAACAACAAGGAUCUCAAUCCAUGCAUAAACGCUAUGACUAGUGCACUUGGAGUACAGUGGGAUCAGAAUUCCGAUGUCCUACGAUUUGCAUUUGCGCCCAAAACCGUGCCUGCAGCAAUCACAAAACGUACGAUUCUAUCUGUUGCGUCUGCACUAUACGACCCACUUGGAUUGCUGUCAACGCUAAUUAUCGUCGCCAAGAUCAUUCUACAGGAACUCUGGCUAGCAGGAUUGAGUUGGGAUGAAUCGGUACCGCAACACUUGCAAAUCGCUUGGAGCAAGUGCUUGGAAUCCUUAAGAACCUGUUCAAACCUUUCGGUGCCACGCUAUUGUCUACAAGCUCAAUACCCAUCAGUUCAGAUUCACGGAUUCUGUGACGCGUCAAUCCGAGCAUAUGGUUGCGCCAUUUAUCUACGCACCGUAGGCAUUGACGGAACCAUCGGUGUUCAACUGUUUACUUCUAAGUCCAGAGUGGCCCCGGUAAAAAGGAAGUCUCUUCCAAAAUUGGAAUUGUACGGAGCGCACUUGCUGGCGCAGUUGUAUACUAAGGUCCUCCCGAUGCUACAGGACAAGCCGUAUACCUCAUACUUUUGGAUUCCCAGAUCGUACUGCAUUGGCUACAGGAGCAUUCUGUUACACUAUCGACAUUCAGCCGCACAUUUCGGCGGACUUUGGGAAGCGGCAGUAAAAAGUGCAAAAGGACUGCUGAACAGAACUCUUAUGAAUACGCGGCCCACCUUUGAAGAGCUCACCACCGUGGCAGCUGAAGUUGAGGCCAUACUCAACUCACGCCCGUUAACCCCAUUAUCGCCUGAUCCGAGUGAUUUUGGAGCGAUCACUCCGGGUCACCUGCUGGUUGGAAAGCCGUUGCGUGCCUUGCUGGAACGCCACGUCACCACAGCCAACAUCACCAAUCUUCAGCGCUUUGACGUCGUGACGGCCAUCAAGCAAGAGUUUUGGCGUCGUUGGUCAGCGGAAUACAUCAACGAACUGCGAGCCCGCACUAAAUGGUCACAAUCUUCAACAAACGUCACCGUUGGAUCUUUAGUCAUCAUCCACGACGACAAUCGUCCUCCACAGCAUUGGAAACUCGGCCGUAUUGACUUCGUUGUAGUCGGAAAAGACGGUCUCGUCAGAGUUGUUCAUGUCAGAACACCUAACGGCUACUGCUCUCGACCAAUACACAAGUUGGCAUUAAUCCCUACAUCUGACCUGAAGGACUGA